AUGGCGGCUUCUUCAGAAGCACAACAUAAGCAGAUUAAACAUCAUUGCCAAGGACCACCUGGUACAAAGCCAUAUUGUAUACGUGAGGGUAGUGUACUCCAUGUCACAGCUAGCUAUCCCUACAUGAAGCUAGAGAAGACCAGAUUUCGGCUUUUGAAGCUUUUUCCUAAAUCGUACAAGCACCCUACGUCUGAAGUUCUUGGUAUUCCUAAGUCAAGAUACUUGCAUGCAACAAUCUCAGAGCACGACAUUGAUGAAGAUGUCUCUUACGAUUGCUUAUCAUAUGUGUGGGAAAAAAUUCAUACACGGAAGCUACUUUGGCUCGAUACUUUCUACCUGAUCACCAUCAGUGAGAACUUAGACAUGGCCUUGAGAUGCUUGCAAUUAAAAGACAAGGACCGACUCAUUUGGGUCGAUUUCUUAUGCAUUAAUCAAGAUGAUUUUGAGGAACGUAGACAGCAGGUCGGCUUAAUGUAUCAGAUAUUCUCCAACGCGACCACUGUCGUCGCUUACCUGGGUCAUGAGGCAGACGGCAGCGAAGAUAUCCCACAAGCGUUGCAAGUCAUCCAAGACGUUCAUUUUGAGCAAAAGAGCAAACUCCCUGUCGACGAAAACAGGGACAUUAUGCCAUGGACUGAAGACGAAUACACUUCUCUUGGGCUGCCUCCUUCUAAUGAUGCAUUCUGGAGUAAGCUUGAAAAGUUUCUCAGCCGAUCCUGGUUUGGGCGGGCCUGGAUUAUGCAAGAAGCGCUUGCGGCAAAACAACUAGAUGUCAUCUGUGGGCUAUGGCAAAUCAACGGUACAGCCCUUUUCUCGACCCUUGGAAUUGGGUUUGCACGGCGUUUGCCAUUUCAUAGUCGUUGGCGUGCAAAUUGCGAUCCGAACAUAGACCCUGCAACUUGCAAUUUUCGACUGGUUUUUCUUAUGCUAGAGCUCGGCUUGUGUGGAUUGGCUGAUGAAAAUGAAAAGUUGAAAAAAGGACGCUGGCCUUUAAUUGACAUACUAGAGAGGUCGAAGAAGGCUAAAUCCACAAAUCCUCAAGACAAAGUAUUUGCUCUACUCAAUCUAUGCGCUGAUCAGGAGGCUUUGUCCAUUCAACCGGACUACUCCGAGACUUGUACAAUGACGUACAAGCGUGUGGCACAAGCUUUAAUAAUGGCAGGACAUGGACCGAAAGUCAUAUGUAAUGCUUCCGCUACUGAAUAUGAGAGACUAGAGCUUCCUUCCUGGGUACCUGACUGGUCAGUAGAAGAUGGCCCACAUGAUCAAAUCGCGUCCGAAGCAAGCACUAUUGACUUUGGAGAACACUUUGACGCAUCCGGCACAGAUGUUUGCAUCUCGCUAGCAGAUAAUUCUGAGGCUCUGUUUGUUGAAGCUUGCGUCGUUGAUACGAUUGGUGUUCUUGGAGACGUCAGAAGAUAUAAUGAACCACCGCCAAUGUUGCAUGGAAGAACAGAAAACGGACACGAAAGAUCUGAAUCGCAAUUGCCACUGUUGCGUAAUCACGAAUCCUCCCCGGACCAAAAGCCCAGAUCCGUGCCAAGCGAAAAGAUAGACACCACGCAGUCGGAUUCUGGAGAGUCAGAUUUAUCACCAUUGCAGACAGGCAAGGACGCUGAAGCCGAAUGGGCGCAGUAUCCUAUCUUGUUCCGAUAUGUCACUGAUGUUUCUACCUGGAUUGAGCAAUCUCCUCGUUAUUCGCCGGAUGAACAUCUCGAGGUCCUCUGGAGGACAAUGGUUUGUGAUCGUGAGCUUGGCACACAACGCAAAGCUCCAGAUGAGUACUACGAGAACUUCCACUGUUGGUGGGAGAAUCUAAAAUUCUGCUACGUAAGCACCAUGGACGAGAGAGAAAACCGCAUCGGGAAGGUCCAACAAGGUAUCAUAGCCACUCGAGCGGAGGCUAACCUCACCACAACCAGGGACCAGUUAUUUGUCUUGACGAGAAUGUGCAUGGAGGCUGAAGCCGAGAAGGCAGCGCUCUUCGAUCGAGCAGCACGUCGCUUUUGCUUUCAGCUACGCGCAAGUGUAACCAGAACAGGAUUUGUGGGACUAGUACCUCAACCCACAGAGCCAGAAGAUGUUUUGGCAUUGAUCAAAGGCGUCAAGGUACCAAUAAUUUUACGUCCACGAAAAGCCGCCGCGACCGGUGAAUUACCAACUGAGGGCGAAGGAGCAGCAGCUCAGAAGCUUCCUCAGUACACAGUGGUGGGCCAAGCAUAUUUCUAUGGUAUGAUGAAUGGCGAAAUUCCCAAAACGAAAGGCUAUCACUGGGACAAAAUAUUGCUCUACUAA